AUGGGAUCAUGGUUUAUGUCUACACCAUUGCCUACAACCAAUGAAGAUGAAUCACUUGUAGGUGAUGUAUAUUUAGUUACAUAUACACAAACAUUAGAGACAUCAAAGACUCUUGCUGUCUCCAACCCUAUCCUCCGUGAUCAUUACACAAUCGUAAUUGAUGUAGCUGGUCAGUCUACGGAAGAAGUCCCAAAAGGAUAUGAAUUACAUCUUGAAAUUCAACAUGGAACCUCAAAAUCAGUCAAUUUAGUUGGCAAUGAACUACAUUAUCGUCGAACCAAAUAUGCCAAGCAUCAGAAAUUGGGUAGAAUUACAAAUGAAUACCAUUCUGGAAAUCCUCGUGAAUGGGCCGAUGGAUUGAAAAGGGUUGCCCAAAAUCAAUGGUACAAAGAAUUUAUUCAAUCAAGAGGAGAUCAAUGGAAUCAUGAAUGCAACAGUCAUCAAUUUGCAAAGUUCUUAACUCUGAAAUUGGGUUUGGAAUGGCCAAACAAUCUUUAUGUUGCUGGUGAAGGAGAUUUAUUAGAACCAUUGUUUUUCAAUAUAUUAGAAGAAUGGUAG